AUGAGUCAAGUAUCGGAGUCUGGUGAUUUGCCUCCUAGAGAGGACCUAUCACCGACUCACAACAACACCUCCUCUGUACCCGGUCACUACAUCAACACGUCAGCGCUCCUCGCACAGGACCCGGAUACUCAACAUCAACAAAUUAGUGAGAUUGAUUCUGAGAUCAGAGAAUCCAGUUUUUUGUCAAACGGUGUUGAUGAUUUCUCGGAUGUAGGUGAGUUAGAGUCUGACGUAGAGGAUAUCGAGAACAAUAGCCUACUGUUAGACACAUUUAAUAAAAGGGAAAUUGAGAAUGGCGGUGUGUCUAAGCGUACUGUGUCAUUCGUGGACCCGUCAGAGCCACAAUACGACAACAAAGCCACAAUGGAACAGGACGAAAGCAUUGAAAAACCCAAAACUACACGUAAAUAUCUACAACGGAAAAGGUUGAAAUUACUGGUGAAUAAAGUUAUGGAGAAAUUCAAAGCCAAUGUGAGAAAUCAAAGGCCUCUACGUCUGCACAUGAACGUGAAACCCAAACAAGCUUGGGACUAUGGUCCGCUUACAACGGGUGCUUACAAUGACAUAGGAGACAUGUUUUACACGACCCCGUUUACAGAAUGGACAAUAGAAGGCCAGAUAAAUGCAGAGGACACGGACAAAUCAGUGGUUCACACACAGGAAGAUACGCCCAAUGUAGUCGGUUCACCUGAAAAAGAGGAAAGGCGGUUUAACUCGCCUUCUACCGAUAAUAUCACCGUGCUGGCAGACGCUUACAUUGUAGAUACUGACGAGGACAAACAUGUAGAAGAGGAAUCUGUCCAUAUACAGGAUUCAAAAUCGAGAGCGACGUCAGCUGCUGCGAUCUCGACAGUCUGCUCAGAUGUUGGUACUGUAGAUGUUCCCUUAGUGACCAGUCCGAGGCUGACGUCUACACAAGUCGUAUCGGCGGUACAAUCGUCGUUAUCAGUAUCAGAGCCAUCGACAUCGGUAGCUUUGGCUUCGUCUUCUGAAAAUACGCCACUACAUGUAGUCACUGUGACUACAGAUAAUCCGACUCCUUCGCCGACGAAAGGGUUGUCGAAAUGUUCGCCUGCCCCUGCGGUGACGUCCCCCGGCAAGCCUGUGCAACGAUCAGCACCCGUGACUAAGGUCAACAAUCAAAUUACGUUUAUAUCAUCGACAUAUGAAAAGCCGAAGCCAAAUGUAACGUUUGCCCGAAGCACCACAUCUAUUCCUAUAAACGUUACUGAUCCCAUCCACCCUGUCCCUCCGAGUGGUGAAACAGCAUUACAGAGGGAGGACACGUGGGGAUCACGUGCUCCACUACCCAGUCUAGCGUCCCACGACAGUAUGAAGUUUGACGAGGAGAGUUCUGAGACAUCGUCUUCAUCACCUCAAAACAAACGGAAAAUCAUAGUGACCCUACCAGAUAUAUCAACAGACGUCGAAGAACAGAAAAAGGUUCAAAACACUCAAAUUACUUCUUCGAAUGAACCAAGAAACGCAUUUCCCAGUGCCAAAACUAGCAAAUCGUUACCGAGACAAAGUCGAAAAUCACCACCCAAUUAUACGCUUGAGGGAUCGGCUCGAACUCUUGCUCGAAAACAGAGUGACCUCCCUACUCUUAAAAUUACAGGUUCCAACGAAGAGGCUUUUUCAUCUAGCUUAUUCCGUAUUGCACCCGGAAAUACAACGAAAGGCUCAAUCGAAAUUGUCACAUCAGAAAAUGCCUCAGCCGGAAGUGAUUCUGUCAGUACACCGGAAGUGGUUGAAACAAUUCCACACGUGGCUCCUGCUGUAGCUAGCAUACCGAAAUUACACGGUGAAAACCCUCUUCUGUCUGUGAAAGGAACGAAUGUAUCAAACUCGAAUCUGGCUGGUGAGUGUAUAGCAGAUAGUUCUUCAUCAGAUUCGAUUGAUCUGUCGAAAAACGCAUUAGGUAACAGAUUGAGUAUUGUUAUUGUGAACCGGAAGCGAGCAAAGGCAUGCCGACAACGUCACAAACGGAAGUCAGCUCACGAGAGUGAGCCGGAAAUUUUGCCGUUUAGGUCAUCGUAUACCAGAAAAAAGAAAGAUAUGGAGUAUACUGGUCCUUUCAUUGAGAGAUCGAAGACCCUAGAGUUCCCAUCUCUGACUCCAGGGAAGGUCUGGAACCCAGAUCUGGAGGCGACGGCAAUACGUGCUAACCCAGAAACCCAUAAAGAUUCAAAAAAGAACUUAAAGUCGCCCAAACUGACGUGUCUACGUGGCUCUUCUGACAAAGAUGUUAACCCACUGGGCAGUGUACCUCAGUCCUACAAGCUCAACGGACACAUGUCUGAUUUCCUGUACCGAGUAUUCGUCCGACAGAACCUUGCCUCUCAAUCAGGAAGUGCGGGCAAGAAACCAACUCAGUCGCCAUUACCGGAAGUGCCUUCGACUUAUAAGCCUUUCCGUUCGUUAACAUUUGUUCAGAGUAACCCGUCUGUGCGGCUGUAUAGACAGCCAAACUGGUCCCCGGAUAAAGCGUCUUUCAGUGCUGAAAACAGUGUUAAACUUGGGAUUGUCAACAAUCCGUCAUUUGUUGUUCUUUAA